AUGGUCUUGCGCAACAAAACCCGUCGCCUACGCAAAAUCCCCGGUAAUGUUAAGGCUCCAGUGGAGGCGUCGGAUCGUUCUCUGGGAGGCAUCUUCAAAGUUGCCCUAACCAGGCCUUGGAGACUUCUGAUCGACCCAAUCAGCUUCUUCGUCACUAUCUACUACGCCGUCGUAUAUACCCUCCUCUAUAUGCUUUUCAGUAUCUAUCCCAUUGUCUUCAAGCAGAAGCGUGGAUGGAACGCCGGCGUCGGUGAGCUACCACUAGUCGGUACGGUCAUCAGUGCGUGUCUCGGUGGCCUGGCGCUGUUCAGCAUCAGCCAAGUAAACCAGAAAAGGGCCGCCCAGAACCACAAACCAGUUCCAGAGGAUCGUCUUCCUAGUGUCAUGUUCGCCGUGACGAUAAUUUGGUUCGCAUGGACAGCGCAAUAUAACUCGGUCCAUUGGGCCGUGCCAACCGUGGCGGGCACCUUCCUCGCAAGAUCAAUCCUGCUCAUCUUUGUGAUCUUCAUAAAUUAUAUCAUCGACUCGUACCUGAUGUACGCUGCCUCUGCCGUUGCGGCCUCCCCACUCUUCACGCAAUACAUAUUCGACUCUCUCGGUGUGGGCGGGGCUGGCUCGCUCAUCGGGGGCAUCGGCCUACUGCUGAUGCCUAUACCUUUCUUUGCGCCGAUGGAUGAGUCGCCGCAUCCCCCUGCUGAUGAGGAGAAGGCUGUUAAUGACGGAUUGCCCAUGCAGAUCUCUAAUAAGGAGCAACUGGUUGAUGAGAACUCUGGAGGCGCAGGCGAGUAA